AGCGAAUACCUGCUGUUGUAUGUUUUCGCCUUUUUGCUGCUGAUGAUACUGUUACGCCAUCUUGUGAGUUUGCUCGAAUAUAUUUAUAAAAAGAAGCACUUCUUUCACAUACGACCAUAGGACGUUGAAAACAAGGCUUCCCGUUCGCUCAGCCCUAUUUAAGCAACGUACCGGUGGAUUAGUAGUUAGGUGGGUGACCACUAGCGAAUACCCGCUGUUGUAUGUUUUUGCCUUUUUGCUUCUAAUAACACUGUUGCGCCAUCUUGUCAGCUUGCUCAAAUGUAUUUUAUAAAAAGAGGCA